CGCCCCACUCUUGAAGCCCCAGCCAAUGAACGCCCUUGAGGAGUUGCCUAGCAACCCCAAUCCCCGGGGUGGGAACGGAUGGUGAGGAUGCUUGCUCUGAGGCUCCCGAGUCUGGUAGACGGACCUUCAGCUCCCGGGGCCGAGGGGGUGCCCGCAGGGGUGACAUGGCCCCCGACCACCUGUCCGUGAGGCAGAUGCGGGAGGAGGAGAAAGCCCUCGUCGUGGAGCUGCUGAAGGAUGGGGUGAAGGACACAGAGAACCGCGUGGCCCUCCAUGCCCUGACUCGGCCCCCCGCCCUCCUGCUCCUGGCCGCAGCCAGCAGCGGCCUCCGCUUUGUCCUGGCGUCCUUCGCCCUGGCCUUGCUUCUGCCCGUCGCCCUGGCUGUGGCCGCCCUUAAGCUGAUGGUGCGGAUGAGAUGGGGCUCGCUGCCCACCACCUCUGGCAUCGGAGGGCCCUGGGUGGCCGUGUGGGGAAGUGACGAUGUGUGCGGGGUCCUGGCCCUGAGUCCGGGGGCCAGUGGAGACAGCCUGUCGGUGGCCCGCCUGGCCGUGGCCCGCUGGUACCGUCGACGUGGCGUGGGCACGAAGCUGCUGGCCUUCGCCGAGGCCCGAGCCCGGGCAUGGGCCCGCCAGGCCGGGGGACCUCGAGCCAAGCUCACGGUGCCUGCCCCGGUGGGAGCCCGAGGAGCCACCGCACUGCUGGAGGGAAGAGGCUACCAGCCUGAGGGAGGCUGGGGCUGGAUGGGACACACGUUUGUGAGGGAGUUCACCAAGGAGUUCUAGCACCCACCGGUCCCCUCCCCAGCUUGGCCUUGGCGCAGGGCAGUGGGUGCCAGACCCCAUUCGGGACGCCUGCCUGCUGUUGGGUUUCAGCCCUGGCCCGGCCCCUCUUCCCUCUGGGUCCCCAUCACCCCCUCUAGGGAAUGGGGGAAAGCACACUUGCCCUGCCCCCAUCUCAGGAUUAAAUGUGGGCGAUCAGCCUUGCCCAUUCUCAAACUGCUCCUUUUUUCUACCAGUGACUCAGAGGCCCCUGGGGUGUCCCUUGCCCGCUGUGGGGAUCCUCAUCCCUCCCCCUCGCAGAGCCUCAGGCAGUUGCCCCCCUUCCCCUGGCCACCCUUGGGUGGCUCUGCCCUCUGGCUCCUGACUGGGCAGAGGAUUCUGUGCCUGCCAAGUUUUCCCAAGGUUCUCAUCACCUUUCCUCAGACACCCCCAUACCUGGACUCGCUGACCUCAGCUGCCCUGCAGACCCGGGAUCUCCAGCCAUAUGCCCCCCCCAGCUGACUUUCAGCCCCAUGGGAGCCCCUUGCUCAGAGCUGCCCCCAGGCUUCUUUACCAACGGCCCUCAAUCAUCUUCCCCUUUUCUGGGAAACCCUCCAGUGGGGCUGGACUCCCUUCUCCCCGGAUGCCUGGACAACCCCCCUCUGCUUUGGGGGCCCACAGAGAGUCCUCCCCAACACACACCUUGGGGUGACCCACCCUUUGUGCCCGGGGCCCCUCCCAGGGUCGGUCUCUUCCCUCCCAUUCCUCCUUUCUCCCACAUCUGUCAAUAAACUCUGAACCUCCCUUCUGAUGCCUUUUCCAGGCAC